AUGACAGGAAUGCGGUGUCCAUACGCUAUCCUGACAGCUUGCUCACAGUCGCAUGCAUUCGAAGAAAGGCGUUUUACAGUACCAAAUUCUGAAGAGGAAGCAAUGAAGAUUGGACGAUCAGUUGCACGGUUGAAACCCAGUUCGGAUAACGCUAUUUUUGAUUGCAAGGUGUUGUCAAGAAAUCAUGCAGUCUUAUGGCAUGAGGAAGGUUGUUUUCUUCUUAAAGAUACUAAAAGCAGCAAUGGUACAUUUGUCAACAAUGAUCGGUUAUCGAAAAGUGCAGAAGAAAGUUCCCCGCGACAGAUAUAUUCCGGUGACAUAUUGCAGUUCGGUGUAGAAAUUUCUGAAAAUGCUAAUAAAGUGACUCAUGGUUGUAUCCUGGCUAUGAUACGUCUUUAUGAUGCAAAUGGUGAAGAGGCUUGCCCUCCGGAUAAUAUGGAAAUUAGUGGGUAUUUAAGAGCGCACGAUAGUGAUUCUCUGAUGUUUCCACUGGUUGACUUCCAUCAGCUAUUCCAGUUGCAGCAUUACAUGCGUGAAGCAGUGUAUCGGGAACGAGCACUCAAGCAAAAGCUUGCAUUGCUGGAGAAUAUUCUUUCCUCUACUGAACAAGCAGCUGAAUCCAGUUGCCAGGCAUUGAUAAGCGAGGAUCAAUUACUAUCGCGAAUCGAAAUGCUGGAAGGACAACUUGCACUAUAUUCGAAAAAUGUUCUUAGCGAAAAGGUGAAAGAGCAGAUGAGUGACUUACUAGUGGAUAAAAACAAAUUUGAAUCGCUUGCAAAGGAGUCUUUACGUAGGGCUCAAGAAGAACGAUGUGAAACUUUGCAACGACUUGCUGAUGUUGAAAGAAGCCUACUUAAUGCUGAGGAGGAAUCGUCGGUUCUGAGACAGCGAGUUGCUGACUUGGAAAAUGAACUUUCUGUGGCGGUUAAUGCAAACAGUUUGCUGCGAGAUCAUGUCUCACAUUUAAAAAAACAAUUAAGGGCAAUGGAAAUCAAGUACGGAGAUCUGGAGGACAAGAAUUUUCCGGUAAAUUUAUUACGUGAAAAAUCGCGGAUAAACAAUAAAGCUGAACUGAAAAUAUCCGACUCACAAUUCCUGAAUGCUUCACAAGGAGAAAAUGAUAUAAUACGAAAGCUUUCAGGUUAUGCAAAAUUAUACUUGUGUGAUGAAAAACACCAAGCAAUGCUGGAAGUGAGAUUGACGGCCUAUCGAUCCAACUGUGACUUUGCCGCUUUACUGCUAUGCGCAUUACCGCUUUUCUCAGUGAUGUUCAUUGUUUAUAGUCUCGGAACGAUGGUUACAUCCUCCAUAUUGAGCAAGAUCAAAAAAGAAUAG